CCCUGACGGGUCAUCCAAGGAAAGUUACUAAACUUGAAAAAAAGUAAACUUUUUCAAUUUUUUUAUUGCUUUUUAUGGUCACAUUCAAAAUAAUUAGGAAUUUAUUUGAAAAAACUGGAAAUAUAUUGAAUUAAAAAAAAAUCUGGCUCGUGUUUGUGCAAGUUUUACCAAAAAAACUACAUUUUGUCUGCUUGAAGGACUUGAAUCCACCACAUGUAAAUAAAAACUAUUUUAAAUUAAAAAAUUAUAGUUAUUUGAAGAAAAAUUGAAAUGGCUGGACGCAAACAUCGACCCGCACUUAAAAUUAUGGUUCAAGACGAACCAGCCCCUGUAGUACCUCCUGGCAAUCUAGACUCACGUACAACAAUUACAAUUGGCGACAAAACGUUUGAUGUAGAGGCUGACGAUUUAGAAAAAAUCUAUGAACUAGGCAGAGGGGCUUACGGUGUAGUGGAAAAAAUGAGGCACAUUCCUAGUGGAACUAUUAUGGCUGUGAAGCGUAUAGCAGCUACAGUGAACACUCAAGAACAAAAACGCCUGUUUAUGGAUCUGGAUAUAUCCAUGAGAAGCAGUGAUUGUCCUUAUACUGUCCAAUUUUAUGGUGCUUUGUUUAGAGAGGGCGACGUGUGGAUUUGUAUGGAGGUGAUGGACACUAGUCUGGAUAAAUUCUAUUCCAAAGCUUAUAAAAAUGGACACAAAAUACCAGAACAUGUAUUGGGUAAAAUCACUUUUGCUGUUGUCAGCGCCCUCCACUACUUGUAUUCGCAACUGAAAGUAAUUCACAGAGACGUAAAACCCUCAAACAUUCUUAUAAAUAGGCAAGGUGAUGUAAAAAUGUGUGAUUUUGGUAUUAGUGGGCACUUGGUGGACUCUGUAGCUAAAACCAUUGAUGCUGGAUGUAAACCUUAUAUGGCUCCAGAAAGAAUAGAUCCUCAAGGUAAUCCUUCUCAAUAUGACAUAAGAUCUGAUGUAUGGUCUUUAGGCAUUUCCUUAUUAGAACUAGCAACUGGUAAUUUUCCUUAUCCAAAAUGGGGCACUCCAUUUGAACAGCUCAAACAAGUAGUGGCAGAAGAUCCGCCCAGAUUGCCUUUGGAUGGGCAAUUUUCUACAGAGUUUGAAGACUUUAUUUCUAGAUGUUUGCAGAAAAAAUAUACUGAUAGAUUCAACUACAGUCAAUUGCUCCAACACGAAUUCCUAACAAAACAUGCUAAUUUAAACACAAACAUUUCUAGCUUUAUUGGAGAGAUUUUAGACUUGCCUGAUACGAAUCCCUGAGAUUCAUGUACAAUUUCUUAGAUUUUACCAUCACUUUGUGUAGUAUAAAAAUUAAUUUUGGCUUUAAUCAGGAUGCUCAGCUGUAGUAUCCAAUAAAAAUUAUGUGUACAUAAUGUGAGUGAUUGGUGCAAGACAAUAAUUGAUAUUACAUAUUACUUGUUCAUUUCUUAGAGUUUUACCUCAAAAAUGAUUCCUCCUGGAACAGUCAUACAAUUUUUAAUCAAUAAGAACAGUUUUAGAAAACUAUAUUAAAUUUGUCUUGUUUCAAUAACUUAUCAAAUGAGAAAGUUUUGGGCGAUACCUCGCUCACUUACCAGUCGUAGAGAACAAGUAGUAAAACAAAACUAAUUGUCUAAUAAUUAUUAUAGAAAAAGAAAAAAAUAUUUCAAUGUUUAUUUGUAUAUAUUGAAGAAAAUUUGUGACUUAUGACAGAUUUGUUUUGGUUUCAAUCA